GAACAUUUUUCCCCCAAGGAUCGCAUCCUUUUUCUCCUCUCCAAUAAGAUUGCCACGCCAUAACGUAUACGAACCAGAACUUCGUUCGAGGUCACAGAGAAAAAAAAGAACGUUGUAUGUUUCAGUUUCACGUGGAAAAAGAAACAUGCGGAUGGACGGAACCAAUAUUCCAUCCGGUCUUUUCAAACAACGGCACCCAAGCAUUAGCCAGACUUCCGGUUCGCGAUGGCAACAAUGGUCAUUACAUGCACGUUUGUCAAAUAUACGACUACAAUGUUCUUCCUUUAACUCACGGAGCUUUUGAAAUUACGAAAAUUUUAGCGUGGGACGAAGAAUCCCAUAUUAUUUAUGCUAUUGCUACAAAUGAAAAAGAACCUGCAGUUAGACAUUUAUUUAAAGUAGGAGAUUAUAAUUCAACGCAACCAUGGACAUGUCUUACGUGUCGACCUCAAAUCGAUUUUAAUAAAACUUUCGAUGCUGAUUAUUUUAACACGACAAUGUAUAAUAAUUCAUUAAUGGCUCACUAUAAAUGUGACUACAACAACGUGAUAUUUAGUCAUGCGUAUAAAUAUUACAUACAAGAAUGUCUCGGGCCGAACGUCCCUGUUGUCUUCCUAGUAGAAACUUCCACAAAUUUCAGAAUAGCCGUAUUGAAUUUCGGUACAAAUUUACAAAACGAAGUAAUACAAUACGCGGCACCUCAAAUAAAAAGGAUUUCGGUGAUAUUAGAAGAUGAGUAUCAAGCCCAGGUGAAGUUGUUUUUACCUCCAGUUCUUCGAGAAUACGAAGAAGUAGUGUUCCCGACAAUUCUGUAUAUUGAUUCAAAACCUGGAGCUCAAUCUGUUACAGAAAAAUGGGAUGCAUCAUGGGCGUGGUUUUUAGCAAGUACAAGAAAUUACAUUGUUGCUUACGUUGAUGUAAGAGGAUCGGGGUAUCAAGGCGAAAAAAUGAAAAGAGAGAUAUUAAACAAGAUUGGAUCAACAGAUGUUCAAGAUCAACUAGCUGUUUUAAGCUAUUUCAGAAACGAAUUAAAAUAUGUAGAUAAAACAAAAAUCUGCGUCGUCGGUCGAGGAUAUGGCGGUUAUAUUUCAGCGAUGAUGUUAAUGAUUGAUAUACAUCAAGUUAUUAAUUGCUCCGUUAGUAUAUCACCAAUUACAGAUUGGUAUUUGUACAGUAAGUAAUUUUUUAAAUU